AUGCGCCUCAAUGGCAGGGCUCUUACGCAUUGGAGACCUUGCUGGCACUCGACAGUGAGAUUUACGGUCGUUCCAUCCAACCAGUAUCACAUCCAUCGGACCAUCUGCCACCAUACGCGUCACCCACCAGUUCACGCUUCCGUUCUUAGCGCCACGUCGCCCGUCGAACAACGAAGAGGCGCGAAGACAAAGUCUACAGCCAAAUUGAAGGAUCUUCCGCAAGGCGUUGUGAAAUUAGAGGCUUAUGAUGAUGGUGUCGACGAUGCGCCACAGUAUCCGACAGUGGUACAGGGCCAUCGUAACAAUAUGCAGAAGUUCAAGAACUGUGUAGUUCUAACACGAGUCGGGGGCUUCUACGAGCUUUACUUCGAACAAGCCGAAGAAUUUGCCCCUUUGCUCGGUAUGAAGCUUGCAACCAAGAAGACCAGUGCCGGGCCGGUUCCCAUGGCUGGCUUCCCCUUCUUCCAGCUCGAUCGAUACCUCAAAAUGCUUGUCCAGGAUUUGAACAAGUAUGUGGCAAUUAGUGAGGAGUUCGCGCCAGAAGUAGAAGACAAGGCCAGGUCAAAUGGCCUCAUGUUUGAUCGAAAAGUCGCCAGGAUCAUCACACCAGGCACAUUAAUCGACGAGAAAUUUAUCGAUCCAUCAGAGAACAACUUUCUUUUGGCGAUAUAUCUCGAUGUCCCCUCUCUCGAAGAGAAAUUUCGGAACAAUGUUAGGGAUCUAUCCUCCCAACACAUAUUGUCCUCCGUGUCUCAGAGUGUCGGGCUGUCCUGGCUAGAUUUAUCGACGGGUGACUUCUUCACCCAACUCACGACGAUGCAAAUGCUUCCAUCUGCUAUCACUAGGAUCGGGGCUCGGGAAAUCCUGGUCGACCAAAAGGUGCAGGAUCUCAUCGGACAAGAGCUUCAGUUACUGGUUGGGCAUGAGCAUCGUCUUGUGACGUUUUUCCAGUUUCCAGAAACAUUCGACCCAAUGACCCAGUGGGAACCAAUGCUAGAAGCCCCUAUCCCCAAAGAAACGCACGCAUCUUUCACGGCAGAAGAAGUUGCAGCUGGAUAUAGCUUGCUUGAGUACAUCCGUCUGCAGCUGCAAGGGUUGAAUCUCAAACUACAACCUCCACGUCGCAGACAUCUCGACGAAUCAAUGAGCAUCGACCGGAAUAGCUUGAGGGGUCUGGAGAUUUUGGAAACAGCUCGAGAUGGUUUUGGAAAAGGCAGCUUACUUCAUGCCGUGCGCAGAACUUCUACUAAAAGUGGUGCUCGUCUAUUGCGAGAUCGACUCACUUCUCCGUCUACAUCUAGGCAGGUUAUCAACGAGCGACUUGAUCUUGUCUCAGUACUCAUGGCGAAUGAGGACCUCCGCGAUAGCGUGGUUCAGCUAUUAAAACGUAGCUACGAUGCUCAACGUUUAGUGCAAAAGUUUGCUCUCGGCAAAGGUGACCCAGACGACUUGAUUUGUCUUUCUCGGGCCAUCGAAGCCUCGAAAGGAGUCAGACAAGUUUUGACCGAUCAUGAGAGGCUCUUAUGCUCUACAUCAACCGAUGCCAAGCGCAGUCUUAGCUCCAUGAUCGCUCGACUUCACUUGGAUGGGCCAAUCGCCCUUGCGGAAAAGAUUUUGGCUGCCAUUGAUGAAGAAGGACUUCUCCAGAAGCAACGCAUCGAAGAGAGCACUGCCACCGAGGCAGCCAACUUGGCUCAAGAAGUCACACUGAACGAAGGCACAUCCAAUGACCUCGCGACGUUGCCGAAAAAAGUCAGAACCAAAAGCAGUGACCGGUCAGCCUCCUUGGACUCCGAUCCCAGCUUGGUUGAUACAUGGAUCAUGAGACGUGAUGCAAGUGAUAUCUUAAACGAGCUACAUGCAGAGAUCGAACGCCUAUGGGGCGAUAAGGCUUCCUUGACUCAACACCUUCGUGACUCUGUAGGAUCCUCUGCGCUGAAUCUCAAAUGGACGCCCGGCCUGGGCCACAUCUGCCACGUCAAAGGAGCCAAAGUUUCCCAGGAGGCGCUCGAGGAACUCGGCGUCACGCGCAACGUUUCUUCGACCAAAUCCACCCGAUCCUUCUAUCUUCCUGCUUGGACCGAACUCGGAAAUACGAUGGAGAGUGUCCGCGUUAAAAUUCGCCAAGAGGAGCAAGCCAUCUUCGAACAUCUGCGCCGGGAAGUAAUCGUAAACCUAGUCAAGAUCCGGCGCAACGCAGCGGUCAUGGAUGAACUCGAUGUCGCCUGUUCUUUCGCAACAUUAGCCCAAGAACAGCAAAUGGUCCGGCCCAUCCUCAAUGACGGAACCUCCCAUCGAAUCGUGGGCGGCAGACAUCCAACCGUCAAACUCGGCCUGGAAGAACAAGGACGGUCCUUCGUCAGCAACGACUGUUUUCUCGGUGACCAAGAACGGAUCUGGCUCAUCACUGGCCCGAACAUGGCAGGCAAAAGUACAUUCUUGCGACAGAACGCUUUGAUCACUAUUCUGGCGCAGGUGGGUUCGUAUGUGCCUGCCGCUUACGCCGAAAUCGGGAUUGUCGACCAAAUCUUCAGUCGGAUUGGCGCGGCUGAUGAUCUGUUCCGUGACCAAUCGACCUUCAUGGUGGAGAUGCUGGAGACCGCUGCUAUCCUGAAGCAAGCGACUCCUCGGUCUUUUGUCAUUAUGGAUGAAGUCGGACGAGGAACAACUCCCGAGGACGGCACGGCUGUCAGCUUUGCCUGUCUCCAUCACCUACAUUAUCAUAAUCAGUCACGGACCCUAUUUGCGUCGCAUUUCCAUUCGCUUGCAGAUAUGACGCGGCCGUUCGAGCACUUGGAAAGAUACUGUACUGAUGUUAAAGAGAUGCCAUCCGGUGCUUUUUCAUUCGUGCAUCGUCUGCGAAAGGGCGUCAAUCGUGAGUCGCAUGCUCUCAAGGUUGCCCAACUGGCUGGUCUUCCUCGAGAAACCCUGGAUCUGGCUAGGCGAAUGCGCCAGGAAAUAAGGGAGGAGGCGUCUUCGUCUCGCACGACAGAUGAAGUACCGCGAACGUCACAUCGGUCCUGA